AUGUUUAAAAUCUCUCAUAUACCGCAAAUGGUUCUCACAUUAGGCUGUGGUUUUGUCAUAAAGGCUGACAACAUCAAUGUUAGGAUGGUUAAAACGCCGAAUUAUCUCAUGAAAAUAAUUGAUCAAGUACUCAAGCAAAGGAUCCUAAACAAUAUCGAUCAAAUGGUAGACAGAAAUCUUCAAUUUGCAUACUUGAAUGAUUGCAAUCGCAUGGAUAUGGUUGGUACAAUAAUUCAACACUGGCCUGAACACAAGAAAAGUACUCUGUUUAAAUUGGAUAUAUCUAAAGCUUUUGAUACUGUUAAUGCUGGUGUAGCUCUGAAAAAGAUUCAAAAAUACUGCGAUAUAUCAACUUUCUACUUACUUGUAUCCGUUAUGUCAGAAAGAUGGUUAAAGAUUAAUAAGGAAAGACAAAACUGGUACUGUAAAGAAAACCAAGGGGUUCCACAAGGUACGGCAAUAGGUCCACUCUUAUUUAUUAUAGCAUUAGAUGAACCACUGCGUCAAAUCUCACAGAAAGGCAUUUUUAUUAAAUCAUAUGCCGAUGACAUUGUCAUAAUAACAAGAAAACCGCCACAAGAGAUCCUCUCACUUGCCAGCGAAGUAAUGCAAACUAUCAAUUUGAAGUUAAAUCAUGAGAAAACAGAAACAUAUAGUUACAACAGCCUUGGUAAAGGAGAAGUGGAGAUUUUAGCGAGACACUGUGGUCACCUGAUUUGU